CUUGAAUUGGAGUCACGAUUCCAGAGGUGUCUCAGAAUGUCCCUUUUUUGUUGGAACAGAAAAUUGUCCUCUCUAAUCCUCCCAGGGGAAUUACCCCCUUAUAUAGAGACACCCCCACCAGAUUCUGCAUACGGCCAUAUUCGUGACAUGUUGCGGUACAUUUGA